AUGUUUUAAAGAAUUGCAACAAAAUUUCUUAGACAGCCUAUCUUUUAGAGUUAAUUACGGAAAUCAUUUAUGACAGCUCCAGUCUUAGGAGUGCUAACAAAUCACAAACUCUUGAUUCAAAAUCUGUCCUAUUUGCAAAGUUAGUUUUAUCAUAUGGAAGAGAGUAAUGAUGAAUUGGAGUUGUUGUAAUUGAAUUCAUUUUAUAAUAGAUAGGAGGAAGUUCCAGUUGGCAGAAUGCAGUGA